AUGUCACGUCCUAUGAUGAUACCAACCCUAAGCCCAAAAUUUUUUUUCGGUCUCACAACUCAAGUGAACGGCAACUGUUUAUUUCUGAAUGAAAAUGAAAUCGUCUAUCCAGCGUCUGGUGUCCUCGUCAUUCACAACACUGCCCAUCAUAAACAAAAGUAUAUACACCUGGCCGAACCACAAAAAGUCAUCACUGCUAUGGCCCUCUGCAUUAACAAAAACGUUAUAGCUGUGGCAGAGAAAGGUGACAAGAAGAAACCUACCAUCAGUAUUUAUGACCUGGACUCAAUGAACGAAAAAACUAUUAACAGUGUUAACGGAUUUGAAAACCGAUAA